GUAGAGGGAGUUGACACUACUGCUGCUGGCGCUCAGGAGUUCUGUUGCUCCAAGUUUGUUUCUGAUGUGCUCUCCAUGAAUUAAGUCGAAGUGGAAAAGGUUGAAAGUGAGGUAUGAGUGGACACACGGUCCCUGCGGACAUUUCAGGACACAUGUUGGACUUGGACGAGGACGACGACCUGGAGGUUUUCAGUAAGAACACCUCCCUGGCUGACGAAGGCCCCAUGCCCAACUCUCCUGGCUCUAUGGUCAACCAGUACAGACUGGAGGACGAUGAAGAGGAACAGCAGGAUGCCAACACUAAAGACAUCUUUGUCACAGUUGAUAACCCAGAGAGCCAAAUCACUGCCCUUGAGACCUUCAUCAUGUACAGAGUUGUGACUAAGACCACACGAAGUGAGUUUGACUCUAGUGAAUAUGAAGUACGUCGCCGCUACCAGGACUUCCUGUGGCUCAGAAGCAAAUUGGAAGAAAACAACCCAACAAUAAUUGUCCAUCCUCUCCCAGAAAAGUUUGUAAUGAAAGGCAUGGUGGAACGCUUCAACGAUGACUUCAUCGAGACCAGGAGGAAAGCUCUACACCACUUUCUCAACAGGAUCUCUGAGCAUCCCAUCCUGUCUUACAGCCAAUACUUAAAAGUCUUUCUGACUGCGCAGGAGCUAGCGCCUCACAAGAAACAAGGUCCAAGUUUCUUGAGCAGGAUGGGAGAGACGAUGAGAGCAGUGGCUAACUCGGUGAGAGGCCUUAGGAACCGGCUGGAUGAGUUCACCGUCAUGCAGGAGUACGCCGAGGACUUUAGUAACAAAAUCUGCUCCAUUGACAAAGUCACCCAGAGGAUCAUUAAGGAACAAAGAGAGUAUCUGGAUGAGCUGAAGCAAUACAGUCCUACUUACUUCCAGUGGGCGGAGUCAGAAGAAGAGCUGGCAGAACCGCUGAGAGGUGUUGGCAGCUGUGUGGAACGGUGCAGUAAGGAAACAGAGGAGCAGGUCCAACACCUGUCUGAAGUCCUGGUCCCUGCCCUGCAUGAGUACGUCCUCUGUGCUGACACGCUGAAGGCUGUGAUGAGACGCAGAGACAACAUCCAGGCUGAGUUUGAGGUGAAGAAUGAGGCCCUGGCAUCAAGAAGAAAUGAGGAAGAAAUGCUGCAGGAGGAAGUGGAUGAUCUGGCAGAUCGAAUGGAGGAGGCCAAUAACGCCUUGCGGGGAGACUGGUCCCGCUGGAAGAACAUUAUGAGAACUGACCUCAAAUCAGCCUUUGUCUCAACUGCUGAGAGGAAUAAGGAGUACUAUGAAAAGUGUCUGGCUGUGUGGGAGUCAUUCCUCGUGUCCCAGAGAGGAGAGUCCAUUGAGCAGAGAGAUGAGGAACAUGCUUCAUAAAAUAUGGAGACUUCCUCUUCUUCGUACCAAAGAAGUGUACCACCCAAAGGUCACCCUGUGGUUUACUCACCAAAACCAAUAAAAAGACUAAACCACUGUCCAAAUGUGCAUCAUAUCCAAAACACACUUUGUUUUUUUUCUCUCUCUGACCAAAGACUCCAGCCUCAUUCUUAACAUUCCACUGAUGAUUGCAUAUGACUGAAAUGUAGAAGUAUGCUUUAAUCGAAAUUCACACGUCAAUCAGGCUAAUUAUACACAAAAGUAAAGGCUCCUUCGAUAAUAGUUGGAUGUUUUCACUUUCCCAUAUUUUGUAACUCAACUKUGAAAAGAUUUUCCAGAUUUCUUGGUACAUUAAGUUUAACUUAAAACAUUGUAAAAUAGUAAAUAAGUUUUACAAUGCCAAAACAUCAUUCCUGACAGGAGGCAGGUUUAUGACUUUGACUAAAAAGAAGAAUUGAAGUGAAAAGCUGUAAAGUUCUGUUUUUAAUAUGAAGUGAAGCUAACCAUUUCAAUAGCAACAAGCAUUUAAUUAGUUUGUGUUGCUCUUAUGUUUAGUUGAGCUAUUGUGCUGCCUAUACUCCCACACAUUGUCAUGAAACAUAAAGACAUGCUGCCAGGUUCUAACAAUAAGCUCUAAAUCUGAUCCACAAAGCACUUCUGUUAUUGUUUCAUCAGAACUUCUAAAGACUGCCUACUUUGAAAGUAAAUUUUAGCCUUGCAUUUUGUAACUGUUUUAAAGAACAUCUUCCUAAGGGGUGGGUUUGUACACAAUAACCCUUGAAGUGUUUGUUCACCUAUUUUGAAGUGGUUUUCUGUGUAAAAGUUAUAAAUAGUUCAUAUCUUACUUAUUUAAAUAGCUAAUUCAAUGACCUCAGGUUGGAGAACUAGUUUAACUCUGACAAUAUUGUUGAGCUAACGGCUAGAAAUUUUUAAGACCGUUGUUUAAAGACAGCAGCUAGUUUUUUUUGGCAGUGGGUCUGUUCUAUCAACAAGUAUUAUGAUCAUAGACAUGUAAACUGAUAGAAUAUAUGUCUGUUGUUGGGAAUUGAAACAUAAGAUCCUGGUUUUUGGAAGCGGUCAUGUAUUUUUGAAACCAGAGUCUGUGCAGUAGCUUUGCAGGGAUUUAAGCCCCGCCUACUCCCUCACGCACACUCAUGGUGUUACAUGACCUUCCUUUUAAGCAUAAUUGUAUUAAAUGACAUACGUAUUGAAAAGAUGCAUAUGUAAACAUGCAAUAGCAAUAAGGACUGCAUUUAUCAAUGAGAGUUAACACCUGAAAGAAAUUAUCUGAAGUGUUUUUGUUUUAUUUAUCAAAGUCUUGUUAGUUUAUGUGGAGGGGCACAACUUCCAACUUGUACUGGAACCAGCAUGUCGGGACCGUUCCCCGUCUGGCUUCAACUCCCAGUCUCCAGUUUUAAUAUCUGUUUGAACCAUAUUCACAAGCUGAAAAUGAUCUACUUCAAAAGCAAAUUGUACUCCAGUCCAAAAUUUGCUGUAGCAGUUCACCUGAAUGUUACGCGUGUAUUGCAUGAUCUGCCAUGAAAUCUGAGAUUGCAGCUGGUUUAAGGUGGCAAAAAUCCACAUAUUUCUCGACUGAGCUCAGAUUAGUCGUUAGCUCAUGAGUCCCGUCGCACAUAAACUCCAAACUGAGUUCAUUCAAGGAGAUCUCUACAGGUAUGAUGUUAGUUAUUUAGAACGUUUACAUGAAAACCCACUUUGAAGAUGUCACACUAUUCUUUACCCUGAAAACUCCAGGGACAUUCCUUAAGCUGAGUAAAAUAUACAUCCAUGUUGUUUCUUUGUAAGCAUGUCCGAUCACUACAACUAUAACAAGCAAACCUGUUGCUCUGAUUGCAAACUUACAGUUGAGAAGCCAUGAUUUUCAUGGAUUUUCAUUUGUGUUGCUCUGUUUGGACUGGUACAGGUAACGUUUACAUACAACAAGGUGAGUGACCUAUUUCUAAAUGAAAACUGAAAUGAACUUUUUGCAAUUUUCUUCCUGUUGGUGUUCUCUCUUCAAUGUAAAAAUAAGAAAUAUGUUAAGAUUUUAACAAAAUAAAGAUGAAAAUCACUUUCA